GGGCAGCGUGGAGUCUGGCAGGCUCUAAGUAGCCAAAAGCAGCCUGGCCCAGAGGCCCAAAGGACUAACUGGGCUGGAAGCUGCAGACCAAAGUGAAUUCCCCUGCUGGGAAAUCCUGCAGUGCCUUCCAGGACGGGAGGGCGGGGCCCGCAGGUUCACCUAGGGGAGCCUCAGGGUGGAGAAUAAAGCCUCAGGUCUGGUCACGCCCCCAGGGCGGGACAGUUGGCCUAGUUGACUGGAAUUAAUACUAGGUAAACUUCUGAGCCCAUGAAGCAGGUGCACUGGGGACCCUUACAUUGGGAGGGCUAGAGAAGCCCUCAGUUAUGACCUGAGGGCAGCAUUUUGUGGACCAGCAAUCCAAGUCCUGGGCACUGUCAAAUGGUUCAACGUCCGGAAUGGUUAUGGAUUCAUCAACAGGAAUGACACCAAGGAGGAUGUCUUUGUUCACCAGGCCUCACCACAGACCUGCUAAAUCAAUCAGACUUGGGGCUGGGGCCCAGCAAUCUGUUUUAACAAGCUCUCCAGGUGAUUCUGAUGCACGCCACAGUUUGAGAACCACUGCUUUGGUGGAAAGAGCUCUCAGUGGGAUUGAGACAGCUAUUAAAAGAAACAACCCCAGGAAGUUUCUGCGCAGCGUUGGAGAUGGGGAGACUGUUGAGUUUGAUGUCGUGGAAGGAGAGAAGGGUGCGGAAGCUGCCAAUGUAACUGGUCCUGGGGGGGUGCCAGUAAAGGGCAGCCGCUAUGCCCCCAACCGACGUAGGUUCCGCAGAUUCAUCCCCCGGCCUCGCCCAGCUGCCCCACCACCCAUGGUGGCAGAGGCUCCCUCAGGGGGGACAGAACCUGGGAGUGAAGGGGAGCGGGCUGAAGACUCUGGGCAGCGGCCCAGAAGACGGCGCCCGCCACCCUUCUUCUACCGACGGCGGUUUGUGCGAGGCCCUAGGCCCCCCAAUCAGCAACAGCCUGUAGAGGGCACUGAUGGGGUAGAACCCAAAGAGACAGCCCCACUGGAGGGGGACCAACAGCAAGGAGAUGACCGGGUUCCUCCACCCAGAUUCCGGCCCAGGUACCGAAGGCCUUUCCGCCCCAGGCCACCCCAACAGCCAACCACAGAAGGUGGGGAUGGCGAGACUAAGCCCAGUCAAGGCCCUACUGAUGGUUCCCGGCCUGAGCCCCAGCGCCCACGAAACCGUCCUUACUUCCAGCGGCGACGGCAGCAGCCUCCUGGCCCCCGGCAGCCCACAGUUCCAGAGACCUCAGCCCCCAUCAAUAGUGGGGACCCUCCCCCCACCAUACUGGAGUGAUUCCAACUCAAAGGACACCCAGAGCUACCAUCUGGUAUCUGCCAGUUUUUCCAACUGACCUGUACCCUACCAAGCACCCCCCUUUCCUAUAAUUCAUGACAUCAGAACACCGGCUUUCCCCCUUUUCCUUGAGACUCAGGAGGGCCACAGCAACAGCCUUUUGCUUUGUUUUUUUCCAAUUCCCUAUCAAGGGUUGAAGGAAGGACUUCAUCCUUCUUGUUCAGAGGCACCAACUCCCUCCCCUAGAUCAGGCUGAGAAGGAACCAGCCAGCUUGUACCUCCUCCUGGUUGUUUUUCUUUCCCACCCAGUUUAUUUUUUGUUUCCCUUCAACCCCCUACCUCUGAAGCCAUUUUAUGAACUGUCAUGUGCCACCUGAGCCUCCAGUAAAAACAAAAAACAGGC